GCACAGAUGGGGCUGUGCGCUCCGCGUGUGCGCGCCGCAGACCUGUCGCUGCCGCGCCGCUGAUGUGAAGAUGGAGAGAGUCCAAACAUCCGCCAACAUGUGACUUCUUUGUUUCUCCUAAGAAAAAGCAGAGAGUGAAUUCAGCAUGGCUCCUGUUUGGCUUCCUCUUCUCCUGCUCUCAUCCCUCCUCAAAGCGCAGGAGACUCCAGACUCCACUCCAGGAGUGAUGGUGGAGGCAGACAACAGCACAGGACCAUAUGCCUCCACCGCCUCCUCUGGACCCCCAGAGACUUCUGGGUUUGUGACCCCCUCAAAUCUCCCCACAGUGCAGGAAGAUGACUGGACCCCUGCAGAGAGCUUCCUGUACUCCGGAGAUUCCUCGGUGCUGGAGAUGUCUCGCUGCUCGCGGGCGUUCAGCCUCUCGGGACAAACCGGACUCCUGCUGCCGUCCGGCUUCAGCACCCCCCUGCGACCCGCUCUGGACGCACUAGCUAACACGGCUAACUUCCUCAACAUGAUCUUCCAGGCGAGCGACCUGCGGGAGAGUACGGUGCAGGAGGACAUGGAGUGGUACCACGCCAUGGUCCGAGCCCUCCUGGAGGCCGACAUGCUGAUCCGGAGGGCUCUGCUCACCUUCGACGCCGACCCGAUGUCCGCUGUGCCGCAGCUGGUACUCUGCGCCUCCCGCAACCCGACCGCCAAGGUGCAGACCAUCAUACUUCAGGAUCUAUCCAAAGUCUGGGAGAAGCUGCACCCCCCGGCCCCGGCCCCCGACGACAGCUGGUUCAGAAACUUCAAGUUCCCGGAGCCCAGCCAGCCGACGGCGGCCCUGUCCAAGAGGGUGCUGCUGAACGACCUGAGCACCUUGGACACGCCCAAGUGGAGGCAGGGCGACAGCUACGUGACCAAUCACAGCGGGGUGCGGUGGGCCGACGCCCCCUUCCUCGACUGCGAGGACGGACUCUUCGUCUCCGACUGGAUGCUCACACUGUCCACGUCCUUCUACGGACUCAAACCGGACCUGACCCCAGAGUUCAGAGGUGUGAUCCGGGUCGACGUCAACAUCCAGGACAUCGACCUGGAUCAGUGUGCAGCUGGAGACGGAUGGUUCGCUGAUACUCACCAGUGCAACCGCACCACCAUGGAGUGCAUACCAACUCCAGGACAGGGCUUUCGUCUGGGUCAGUACUGCUGCCGCUGUAAAGAGGGUUACUUCGACCCAGAGAUGAUCCCUCAGGACUCAGAUGGCGGCUCUGUGAACGGCAGUGCCGGCGGUGGCGCUGUGUGUUACCCCGACAUGCCCAUCUGCCUGCCGUGCUGGCCGGGCUGCAGGAGCUGCCAGGACGGGACCCCCUGCUGGGUGCAGGAGGCCUGGCUACUGCGGAGCGCCGUGCUGGCCUUGCAGGGCGUCUUCAUGAUGCUCAUCUUCGUCAGCAUGCUGGUGGCCUACAGGCAUCGCAGGAACCGGAGGAUCCGAGCGUCCGGCCUCCUGCUGCUGGAGACAAUCCUGUUCGGCUCGCUGCUGCUCUACUUCCCGGUGUUUAUCAUGUACUUCAAGCCGAGUACGUUCAGGUGUAUUCUGCUCCGCUGGGUCCGGAUGCUCGGCUUUUCCAUCGUCUACGGGACCGUCACUCUAAAGAUGUACAGGGUGCUGAAGGUGUUCCUCUCUCGGACGGCGCAGAGAGUGCCCUACCUGUCCAGCCUGUACCUGCUGAGGAUUCUGGGAGUGAUGCUGAUGACGGUCAGCUGGUUCCUGUGUGCGUGGACGGUGGGCGUCCUACAGAACCGUGACAGGAACAUCCCGGUGUUCGUCAGGACCAACACGACUGACGGGCAGGGCUUCAACCUGUGCUACCUGGACCGCUGGGACUACAUGAUGGCCGUGGCGGAGCUCCUGUUCCUGUGCUGGGGCAGCUCUCUGUGGACCGCCGUCAGACCGGUUCCCUCCGCCUUCCAUGAGCCGCGCUACAUGGGCAUCGCCAUCCACAACGAGCUGCUCCUCUCCUCCAUGUUUCACCUGUUCAGGUUUACCUUUUCCUCUCUGCAUCCUGAUUGGAUGUUGCUGCUCUCCUUCACGCAUACCCAUGUGACCAUCACUGUGACGCUUGCCCUGCUUUUCAUUCCCAAGUUUCUCUAUGUGUCUAAGCCGGGCCGAGAGGAGAUCGCAGCAGAGGUUUAUGAAGAUGAAGUCGACCUCCGGCGCUCCGGCUCGUACUUCAACAGCAGUUUUCACUCUGCUUGGAGUGAACACAGUGGAGUGGACCCGGAUGACUUCAGGGAUGAACUGAAGAAGUUAUAUGCCCAGUUAGAAGUCCACAAGACCAAGAAGAUGACGGCAAACAACCCUCAUCUGUCAAAGAAGCGAAGUUCUCGAUGCGCAUUAGGGCGAUCCAUUAUUAAACGCAUUGCUGAGAUCCCAGAAAGCAUGAGCCGACAGUGCAGCCGCGACGACAAAGAGGGUUCCUUCCACACUAAAAGUGUGAUUCAGUCCGAGUCCUCCAAAAGAGUGCCAGAUUCUGUCACUACCAGUCACAAAAGUUCAAUGAAGACCCCAUCACCAUCCCCAGCCAUGCACAAGUCCCAGAGCGAUCAUUACUAUGUCAGGGAAAGAGACCCCUCCUUGCAUGACUCCAUGUUAAAGGCCAACGCUAUGAAAAGGACUUCCCACCAAUCUGAGACAGACUCCUUGGAUAUUCCACUAGGGCUCUGCAAGUCAGCCAGCGCCCACAAUCUAUCAAUUGACAUCAAUCUCUUGCAUCCUGAUCACACCAGGCUUCAGAAAUCCUGGAGUCUAACCUCCACUUCUAAAAGUUCACUGGAGAUCUUCACCAAGGUUACCAGAGCCAGCACACUGCGGACACAUUCGGGGCAGAGCCUUUCCAUCAGUGACCAGACCAGAAGUGCCCUCCAGUCAGAGUCAUUUGACAAGUCUGAUGUAUGUCCUUGGGAGGUGGAGCAAGAAGAGUCUGCGGACAAGACCCAGAAGCAUGUGACCUACGCAAACUUCAUGGAGAGUGAAGACAAUGGGCCAUCAUCUCCAAAGAGGCUCGUCUGUCCCUGGGAUAAUUUACCACCUGUAGAAAAGAAGCCUUCAGAAGAGAACGAAAAAUUUGAAACCGACUCCCCAAAACCACAGGCGCCUGUGUCCGCAAGUGCACCUAGCACUCCGAGACCAAAAUUCACGAAAGAUCAACGGGUCUUCUCCUUCCGGACCGCCACCUCUAAGUGGCUCUCUGUGAAAUCAGCAAUGGCAUCCUUUGACACAGGAAGCAAGUCCAGUGUGGAUGGAAAAUCAAAUCAGGAGGACUCUAUUUCACAAAAAAGUCAGGAAAGUAAUUCUAGUAGACGACCAAGCAUGGAAAAGAGGUCACUGCAGAAAAGUAUGACAACUGUGGACAGACGAUGCCUCGUCAAGCAGAACGCCAUCAGACUUUCCUCUGGGGAUUCUUUCGACAGAAGCCCAAGAAGGAUCGCAAUUGGAAAAUGUGCCGUCUACCCUUGGGAUUUUGAUGAAGUGCAAAAAGAUGGCAAUAAUGAAAGUGUGUUUCUAUCAAGGCAGAACAGCAGACGUAGUAUCAGUUCUUGGGACACUGCCAGUAGCUGUAAAACUCCUUCAACUCACAGAAGGGGUAGCAAUCGAAUUACACCUGUGCAAAAUAUUUCCUUUGUAGAUGUGUAUCCAUGGGAGCGAGCUGGUACUUCCCAAGGAGAGGAGGGUCUAAAGAGGCAGCAGACUAUUAAGGUAGAUGUAUGUCCAUGGGAAUCUCAAGAGCAAGACAAUGUGAGAGAACAAGGAAGUGGCCGUGGUGAGGCCUGUCCUUGGGAAACGCAGGAUAUCCCAGUUAUUUCUUAUACUAACACAUCCAAAGAUUUACAAACACAACAGUCUUUGAAAGCUCCAGCAGAUGUGUGUCCCUGGGAGACUGCAGAAAGCCCCCAACUUUCAACAGGGCAAAAAAAUGAAUAUGUUAAUGUUUGCCCUUGGGAUGUUAAGGACAAGGCUGAAAGUGUAUAUGAGAACCUAAAUCCCUUGGGGACCAGAGGAACGCUGUCUGUGUCUGACGUCCAUCCCACUGCAUCAACAAAAGGUAAUGAAAAGCAACUACUUGCAAAAUCACAAGCCCAGCAUUUGGGUGGACAGGUCACCAAGGCAGCAGAGGGUUGUCCGUGGGAUUUCCCUGAUCCCCCUGAAAACCUUGGAAACAUCUGUCCAUGGGAAGAGGGUAACACUGAGCCAUCAAAUACAGGCUCAGCUACAACAAUGACCAUCAAGGUAGAUGUUUGUUCCUGGGAAACAGGACAUCAAGACAAACAAGAAGACUCACAAACAAGGGUCUCACCUUUAAAAGCUGCUUCCCUGCAGAGUGAGGAGAAAGACGCCACAAGAGUUAAUAUAUGUCCUUGGGAUACUGACCCCCCACAAACAGCUGAAGCUACCAAGAGUGUGUCACCUGGACUGGAAAGGUCUUCAGAUGUUCUCAACAAACAAGAUAGUGUAAAGGCAGAUGUUUGUCCAUGGGAGAUAGAAGAGCCGAAGGUUCUCAACAAACAAGAUAGUGUAAAGGCAGAUGUUUGUCCAUGGGAUACAGAUGAGCCAAAGGUUCUCAACAAACAAGAUACUGUAAAGGUAGAUGUUUGUCCGUGGGAGAUAGAAGAGCCAAAGGUUCUCAACAAACAAGAUACUGUAAAGGCAGAUGUUUGUCCAUGGGAUACAGAUGAGUCAAAGUUUCUAGAAAAGCAAGAUAGUACACGAGCAGAUGUUUGUCCGUGGGAUACAGAUGAGCCAAAAGUUCUCAUAAAGCAAGAGAGCAUAAGGGCAGAUGUUUGUCCAUGGGACACUGAGGAACCAGAAGUUGUCAAAAAGGGAGACAGCACUUCCUUGGAAACUAAGGAUACACAACCCUCAUCUGAAACCAAAGUCGAUAUUCUCGAAAGGGACCAAGAUGAAGUCACAGAGAACCAGGGACAGCUCAGGGAAGAAGAGACCCCACCAGAUGUCAGCAGUGAGCAGGUAAACGAACCCAGAGAGAACCUGGGCCGGCGAGAUGCUUUGUGUCCCUGGGCGAUGGAAAGGAGCAGAUCUGGUUCAUUCACAGACAAUACCUCAGAUGUCUUUACAUGGGAGCCUGAAAAUAUUCCUGAGGAAGAUGAAGACGACGAUGCAGAAUUUGCUGCUGAGGCUCUUGUGUUCCCUCCUGACCUGUGAUAUCGUGGAUCCUCAAAUAGUUCAGGUACCACAAGGGGAACUUUGUUUUUAAGAACCACAGGGAGGUCAGAGUGCAGGGAUCACAUCAGCUCCCUUGCAGCCGGCAGAGCUGAAAGCCUUUCUGUUGGAUAAGUACUCAGGCUUAUGAACAAACAGAAUUUAGGACUAUGUUAUUACAGGUCAGAAUACGCAUUUGGGUCAUACCGCUAUCCGCCUAACAAGCCUUCGGGUAAAGACUUCCUGAGCUGGAGACAAUUAGUUGUGCAGACCUGAUUGACAAUACUUUUUUCUUUUGUUCAAGUACACAUUGCAUUAUGUCCCUCUUUAAACCAGCAAUGGACUACAGACUGACACUGGUUGAUCAAAGGGCAUCUAAGACACUAAGAUAGAGUCCCUUUUCUUCCUGCUUCGACUCCCCCACUUUAAAUUCAACCUUUGUUUAGUUCAAAACCUGAACUAAACCGGUCUGGCAAUUAAAAAUACACCGCAGGACGAAUGAAUCCAUUGAGAUUUAAAAUGACUGCCAGAUGAUUCAGUCUCAUUUAGUUAUUUUUGGGAAAUGUUAGUUUUCAACAUAGAUGUGUUAAGUGUAAAGCAGUGGAUGUUACAUUGAGUUCUAUGAAAACUAUGCAUACUUGUUUGCUUAAGUGACCAAAUUAAGGACUUAAAUUCAUGUUACUCCCUCGCGUUUGAUUAAGUCAUAUUAAUAGGAUAUAAAGAUUUCCCUACUUCAAUAGAAAAGGCCAAAUAAUGCAUAAAUCACCAUAAACGAAAUCCCUUACUGGAGCUGAUUGAUUUGUACUCUUGAGAAAAUUGACGCCAAUACGGAGCAGUGAACACCAGUUCCCCUAAGAUGUGAAAAGCAACAUUGAAUUCACACGGUGUGAAUGAAUACAUUUGCCGAUUGCAAAAAGCAUCAAAUUGUACAGCACGUGUUUCCAAUUUAUAAAAUCAACCAAGAGUUGCAAAUAUUGGAAGUUUUAGAGGUUAAUCCGAAGUUUCAAAGAGAUAUACGACUUCUCUCUGUUAGACGGAUAAUGAGGAGGUGAGGUUUUGGUCAACAUCACAGGUUUGUGUGAAGGUUAUCUAAGCAGAUAACGGCAUUGGUCGACAUAUUAAAUAAAUUAUUACAUAAUGACCUCCACUGUAAUAUUCACAAAUGACUCCAUUGGUCUGGUAUUUCUAAAUUCAUCUUAUUUAUAUAGCUUUCAGGAUAAGCCAUGGUGAGUGGCCACAUUAAUGUCUGUUGUAUUUUUUAGGGAUCAUUCUAUCAUGACAACUUUUAAACAGCUGUGUUGUGUUUGAAGAGGUUUCCUGGUUAAUAAAUCGUACAGUGUAUACAGGUUUCUGUGUAGGUGUAACAAGUCAAAAGUCUUUUCCAUCAAUCGGUGAGAUUCGGGUGUCGUGCAGACGCAGUGAUUUCUUUUUUAACAUACACCCUGCCAAUUUCUUUUGUCAAUAGAGUGACCUAGUUUUGUGAGAACUGUUGCAUGUCUGUGUGUUUUUAAAUGAGCGUGCUGUAAUUUGUUGUCACUUUGAAACUGUAUUGUUGUAACACAUUCCUUGAUUUGCUUAGAGAGGUCCACAUCGUUCUCACUUUUGUAUGCAAUAUCUUCUAUGAAAGAUUAUUCUGAUAAAGACAUAUCCGCUCAAACCUCCCAGUGUGAAGACACGCAGAUGGUACACUUUAUUUUUGUAUUUCCCCGAGGUCAUGCAGUGUAUUCAUCACAAAAAUAAACCAUUGGAUUUCCGGAGGUCUGUGAAAUUUAUUUUUGACAUGAACACGUUAGGUUGGUCUUAAAACAAUAUGAAAAGGUGUCAAACCAAUUGGAGAAAACAGCUGUUAUUGUUAUUAGUAUUCCAGACUGCUGUGUGGUGAGGUGCAGCUUUAUUGGCUGCAGGACUCAGUAGUUUGU